UUUUGUUAGGGCUUCAAGUGUGGAAGCCACCCUGUUUCGCUUGCUGCCGAUUCCGUCGAAGACAAGAAUUCCAUUUGUGUGGGGAGGACAAGAAAACAGAAGGGCACCACUUUUUCACGGCAAGGAAUCGAACGGAAAAGGUCAAAAAAUUGCCAAAAUGCUGAAAGUACUUUCCCGGCGUGAGAGAACAGAUUUCCGGUGUGGGGUUCUUCACAUAUAAAUAAAUAACCUAUCGGCUACAAAAAGGAAAUUAGUGGAGGCGUGCAGUUUCGCGAUUACCCAAAUGGAUUUUUGGGUGCGUAUUUGCGAGGGAAUGAAUAAUCUCAGGCAUUCUUUCUAUUGAUUUAGGUAUGAAAUUACAUUUGGGUAUAGGCAUUCGGGGAGUCAUAUUGCCAAGUAUGUUGGGAUCUUCCAGUGCCAGUGCAGGGCAUCUCUAUUCUUCAAGCCUCUUAUUUCCUGCCAGGCUCGGACGGCGUUUUGGUGCUUCAUCUGAAACCCAAGUCACAGAACAAUAUUUUAGUGUUUUGCAGAAGAAGGGAUCUGCGCCUUGUAUAGAGAGAGAACUAGGGAAAAUUAAUGCCCAAUUAAGCUCAUCUUGUGUAGAGAAGGUGGUACAGAGGUGUGGUCAAAAUAAGAUUUUAGGUCUGAGGUUCUUCAUCUGGGCUGUUCAGCAGCGCCGAUACAUCCCAACUAAUUAUGUAUACAUGACAACAUGCAGAGUUUUAGGUGUUAGGCAGAAACCCACUAUAUUGUUUCAAGUUUUGGCAGAUAUGAAGAAAGAAGGUUGUGUUGUCUCCACCAAGACAUUCAGAGUUAUAAUCAAUCUCUGCAAAGAGGGUAAACUGGUUGAAGAGGCACUUGAAUUGCUUAACCGCAUGAAAGACUUUAACUGUACACCAGACAUUCCUAUCUACAAUACUCUAAUCCAUCUUCUGUGCGAAGCUGGGCAUAUGGAUAUGGCCAAGGUAAUGCUGAAUCAGAUGUUGAAACUAGGUGUAUUUCCUGAUGUUGUCACUUAUAUUUUCCUUAUAAAAGGAUUGGCCAAUGCAGGUCAGCUAGAUGACGCACACAGGCUCUUCCUCCAAAUGAGCGAGCAUGGUUGUAUUCCAAAUGUAGUCACUUAUACCGAUUUGAUACAUUGUUACUGUAAGGCUGGAUGCCCAGAAAAGGGCGUGGAGCUGUUAGACGAAAUGUUUAAGAAACAAUGUGCCCCUAAUUGUGUCACAUACACAGCUUUGAUUCAGAGCUUCUGCGAGACAGGUAGAGUAAGGGACGGCUUAGACUUUUUGGAUAUGAUGAUCACACAUGGUUGUUCUCCAAAUAUAGUAACUUUUAAUAUCCUGGUCAAUGCACUUUGUAUGGAGGGAAAAAUUGAUGAUGUGGACGAACUUAUGCAAAAAAUGAUUGAGGGAGGACAUUUGCCAAAAGAUAAAUGCUAUAGUUCAUUUAUGAUGGAGCUUUUAAGAGCAAACAAAGAGGAAGAAGCUGAAAAUUUAUUAAUAAAAAUGCUUGCAAGUGGUAUAUAUCCAAGUGACUUAGCAUACAACACAUUGAUAAAGGUAUUGUGCUUAAGUGGAAGAUAUUCCAAUGCCUUGGAUUGUUAUCAUAAAAUGAAAAACUCGUAUUGUAUUCUUGAGCGUGAAGCCUGUUCUAUUCUUUUACUUGGACUAUGUGACCAAGGUUACAUGUGUGAAGUUGAAAAUGUGUUGGAGGGCAUGAUUGAUAAGGGUACUCGACUUGAAGUCUCCACGUUUGAUGCUGUUAUUAGACAUCUUAGCAAAGCAGGCAGACGUGAGAAAGCUUUGAACCUCUCUCGUGAUUUUAAAUGCCAGGGAUCUGCUGUUUAGUGACAAUGGCGAAGCUGAUAUAGCAUUUAUUUGUUGCCUUAAGACUGAGGUCAUUGGUUCCACAGGAAGGAUCAUUUGGGAUGGGCAUCAUUGCAUGCAAGAAGUGCCAUAAGCUCAGGAAUUGGGAUAUUUUGGUCCAGCCUUUCCAAUAUAAAUUUUUAUUGCUUAUAAUUUGUAGGCAUCUUGGAAAUUGAAUCCCAUAGUAAGAUUGGGCAUUUCUUAUACCAAUCAGUAACUUAUUGAUCAUAACUUACUGAUACUGUUUUAUGGCCUUGUGGCUGCAUUCUUCUCCUCUUGAAAUAAAAAUAGCAAUUUGCACAUACACAUGCUGUGCGUGACAAGUGGAUAUACCAUAGUUCCAUAUGAGUGUUCUCACCAAGCAAGAGAUUGAAGCUUUGUUGUGAUGUUUCCUGAUGGCAGUUUGAUUAGAGAAACAAUGGGAUGCCUGAAGGAGACUCAAGACUACUGCUUGAAAAUGCAACAAGAAGGGAUAAUAAGACAUGGCUUGUUUUUCUUGGCAAGUUUAAUAGUAAGAUUCAACACUGAUAUGUUCUUGGUGGGUCUUCCCGGGGCACAUGAACGGGAACUGUAUCAUUGCAAAAAUGUAACGACUUCACUAUAUUGUAAUGUUUCACUCAAGUGUAUCCUACUAGCAUGGAUAUGUUACGAGGCAACAAAAAACAUUUUCACUUCCAAAGGUUUAUUUCAUAAUGUGAUACUUUGGCGCGCCUUAAGAUUUUUUGGUGAUAGGUUUUCCUGUUCUCUUUCCAGAUAUUCUUUUGCUGUGCAGGAAAGUGGUAAGAAAUAUAUUAUCGUACUAUUCAAUCUAAACUAAAUGAAGGCAUUGCCGAGUUAUUUCCAGAAUACUCAGACUUUACUUUAUGAAGCUACAAAUGACAUAUGUUACAGGUAAAUAACUGUCUCUUGCAUUUGAUUUUCGAUAAUGGGUUUUAUCAAACAAUAUACAAAGCAAUUUUUAGUUUCUCUUGUUUGAAUUGAAUAGUGAAAAAGGAUUAAACUUUA